AUCGUGUGUGCAAAUAAAUGUUCCAAAAAAUAAAAGAAAUUGGCCAAAACGUAGCAAAGAAAAGUGUGAAAAUUUAUACCCGACUUGGAUCAAUCGACAAUCGCCAUUAAGUGCACAAUCGUAUGGAAAAGCUCUCUCACUGUAGGUCCGGUCCCUCUCUCUCAGUCACUCGGGAGUGUGUUCGUUCUCAGCGAUCCGUUUACUGUUUCCCGUGAGUGCGCCUGUGUUCGUGUGCGUGUCUGUCCCGAAAUUUGGAGCUGCCUCAACCUCGUCAUUUGUUGGAUACGGAUCAGACUUACAGCUUCCAUCAGGAUCAGCAUCAGCAUCAGGAUCAGGAUCUUUUGCAAAAGUUGAAACCCUGGCCAGGAUGCGGCUCUAAGCGAGAAGGAGAAAAUUCCCCCCGUCCCCCCCCCGAAGAGUAGAAACCAAAAGCGAUGUCCAAGCAAGUGUUCUCGGCGCAUCCAGCGCUGGCCGUGGAGCAGCUGCAGCAGGCAGAGCAGGAGGAGAUCAGCAGCUGUAAUCCUCACCAGCAGCAGCAGCACCAGCAGCGAUCAUCCACGGCGCCGCAGAGCAGGCGGCAUGGCAAGGCCACGCCCAAAAAGUACACCAUGAGCAGGAGCUGUGCAGGCGGAGGCGCCUCUAGCGCCCCUAGCACCACUGUCCAUCAGCCUAAAACAACAACGAUACCCGCCAUCAGUAGUCCCCCGGAAGCGAUCAGCAGAAAGACGCUGCCGGUUCGAACGAAUUACGCGGCCGUCGAUGACGACGACGACAUCGAGUGCGAGGACGUGGACGAAGUGAACUUUGGGCAGCCCCGCGAUCAGACCGAGACGGAGACGGAGACUAGACAACAAAACACCAAAGACUGCGGCACGGAUGAGACGGAUCACGUCCAGCAGCGGCACAAGCGGCAUCCACACAGCAGCAGCAGCAACAGCAACAGUCGGCAACACCAUCCGCAGCUGGAAGACGUUGGACGCGGAGCAGCAGCACCAGAUGAGAGCGAUCUGAGUAGCGUGAUUAGCUCCCCGUCGGUCAGUACCGUGUCCUCGCCCCUGUCGACGCCCACGCGGCUGCCACAGGCACUGCAGCAGCAGCUCCAUUGCUGCCAAAAGGUGUCCGGAUCGGGGGCAUGCAUAGCCGGAGGAGCCACGCCAGCGGCAGCAGCUGGUGGCGAGUCCCGAGCGCGGACGCAACACCAGGGCCAGCACUCACACCGUCACCAUCACAGUCAGCAGCACCACCAUCACCACCACCAUCAUCAUGCCAACGCCGCAGCGGGUUGUGCGGGCGGAGGAGGAGGUGGAGGAGGAGCUGCAGCAGCCAGUGGAUCCUGCAACAAGAACAAGAAGCUCGAUCCCCGGCUGAGUCCGUCGCCCUAUCGCCAGCUAUUGCCCAUUGCACUGUGCCUGCUCUCGUUUGCGACAGUCUUUGCCACAUUGAUUGUCUACAUGGACACGACAGAGAUCCGCCAUCAGCAGUUCCGCCUUAGCAUGUCGCGCGACUACGAGCUGAAUGGCGUUGCGCAAGACGAUCCCAAACUCAUUGCAUUCCUGCGCCAUUUCGAAAUGGGCAAAUAUAUGGGCAAGCCAUCGGUCAAGGCAGCUGCGGCGGCGGCACAGCCCAACACGGGACUGGGCGUUGGAGUACCACCAGCAGCAGCAGCAGCAGCAGCAGCAGCAGCUGGAGGAUCCCUCAGUUCCUAUGGCAACAGCAGCGGCAGCACAGCCGAUCAGUUGGCCCACUAUGUGGCCGAUCUGUUGGGCGGAAAGAUGGACGGAGCUGUGAUCCAGUCGCUGAGCGGUCCGCUGGCCCAUCUGAUCACAGCGCCCUGGCUGAACGAGCAUCUCAAUUGGAUGGGAGUGCUGGUGGAGCCGGACCCUCGCUGGUACUUCACGUUGCGCAACCAGAAUGCGCAACGGGCGCGCAUGCAGGUGGUGCAGGCAUGUGUCUCUCCCAACACCUAUCCCAAAGAGAUUACCAUACACAACGAGGAUGUGCGCAUCAACAGUCUGCACGACGAGGAGACCUCGUGGUUCAAUUCGCGUGUCAAAUGCUUUCCGCUCUACACAAUCAUGCUGGCAUGUGAGCGCACCGAAUACGAUUUGCUCAGUCUGGGCGUGCAGGGGCAUGAGCUGGAGAUCUUGCAGACGCUGCCCUUUGACAAGGUGAAAAUCCAAGUGAUAUCGAUCCAUCUGCUGGAGGAUCACGAGGAUGUGCACGACUAUGUGCUGGACAUAACCAGGUUCCUGGCGAGCAAAUCCUACAAGCUGCAGCGUCGAAUGGGACGCAACUACUUCUAUCAGCGUCUGAAUGUCGGUGCCACGCGUACGCGCAAGAAAGACAUCCUCCUGCUAAAGACGCCCUAGACGCUCCUCAAGAAACGAUCAUCGACAUCGAUCCAUCAACCCACGAACAACGACUUAGGGCCCGAAUUGUUAGAGAAAUCCGUGUAGAAGAGAAGUCCCGGCUAAACUUUAUGUUCUAAUGAUAAUUAUUACAAUACCGUACGCUACACUAUAUAUACUAUAUACUAUAUAUAUAUAUAUAUAUAUACAGAUAUAUACAUGUUGAAUAUGAUUAUGUACACGCUAAAAAACAUACAUAUAUAUACUGUAUACCGAUUAUGAUAUGUAGGAUUCUUAGUUUUUGUAAAACUCAAAUCUCUCUUUAUUCUUUCCGAUUUC